AAAUACUAUUUUAGCACAGACAUAUAAUAAUGAUGAAGAGAACCCAGAUCCUUGACUCGGAAGUCAACCUCUCUGAAGACUUUUUAAGCGAAGAUACUGAGAUUUUAGGGGUUAAGGUUAGUGAUAAGAUUGGAUUUAAUAUGAAAAUGUCCUCGUUUCAUGUGUUUGGGAGCAAGGAAAGUAGGCUGAUAGAUGAGUCAGUAGAGCCAAAAUGGAGAUCUUUUAAGAACUUUGGGUGUAGUAAUGAGAUACAGGAGAGUUCUCCACCGAUGACUUGUGAGAAAAGACCUGCUUGUCUACCAAGGAGUUUCAAGAUUAGAUCGUAUCCUAGACGAAGAAGAUGCAAGAAGGAAAUUAUUGCUCUAUUGAGGAAGCCAGCAAAUAUUAGACAGAGAAGCCAGUUUGCUAAACUAUAUGAAUCUCGUCAAGAUGGCCCUUUCCCAGGUCUUCAAAUUGCUGAAAAUAUCUGGAAUAAAGAGGAAUUUUUCACUUUUGGAGACGAUAAUUAACUUUAAUCACCUGUAAAUAUUUC